AUGGAAUAUACAGGAAGUAAUUACGUUAUUGUGGCCGAUGAAAAUAGUUUCUUUCAACCAUGUAGUAAACAGGACAAUGCUGGCAAUACGAAUAUGGAAGAUUUCUUGGAACUUAACUUAAAACAUGACUUUGCUGAUGAUACGGAGACUCUAAUUACGAAUGGUUAUAUAACUGCAAAAGUUGGUAUACCCGAAGGAGUUAAGAUAGAGUUAGAUGUCGAAGUUUUUCAUUGGAAACGUGGUAAAUGGGAAAAAACUGUAUAUUCCAUAAGACGUGAUGAUUUCUGUACUGCUGCAUUUGAUCCAAAGGAAUUUUGGUAUACGUUAACAAAUCAAAUGCCGCAAGAAGAUCGUGUUUGUCCACCGCAGAAAGGAACUGUCUAUCAUAUAAAUAAUUUGGAAAAUCGUGUUGAAUUUAAUAAUGCAUUUGCACUUGAUAUGGAAGGAGAUUAUAAAAUUGUAUCACAUUUUGUUGCGGGCAAUUUUUCAUCCUGUAUUACGGCUUUUGUUACUGUUUGGAAAAAUUAAUUGAAUUUUAUUUAUUUUUUGGAAUAAUGGUAAUG